AUGCAAACUUCCAAGCAUUAGACAAUAAAAUAAUCUAGCUAUUUUGAUUAUGUUUUUGACUCAUGGAAUAAAUCAAAUGAAACAUCAAGAAUAUUAGAACCCUAAUCAACAACAUUAAAAAAAACAAAUCGAAGAAAAAAUCAUUUAAAAUAUAAUACUAUAUUAAACUAGAAUAUUGAAUAUGAACAUGAUUAAAUAAGUACAACUAAAUCUCAAGUACAUUAAAAAUAUUAAAAUGUUUCUCUAAAUUCAUAUAUAAAUAAUCUCGAUGGAUAUAAAGAAGAGCAAUAUGAUGUACAAAUUUUAUCUAUAAAGAGAAUUAUCAAAAAUAAAGUUAGAGUUCAAAAAAUAAAUCUUCAAAAAGGUAUUAUUCGCAAAAUAAGAAAAAUUUAAAUGAAGAAUAUGAGAUGAAAUCUGAAUGUAUUGCUAACUAUUCAACUAUUUUUUCUUAGCCGAUUAAAUAUAGUUAACCUAAUUCAUUGAAUUAUUCUUAAAAUUAAAAAUUAACUCUUCCAAAAAUUAAAUAGAUACAAACUUAUAAAAUAUUAACAAGAAAAUUCAAAGUUAUUUGUAAAGUUAUUGGUAAAUUUAUUUUAUUAUUCUAUUAAAUAUUACCUAAUUAAAGCCCAAAGAAACUUCUUUAUAAUAAUAAAUUAAAAAUAGUAUAGAAUCUCAAGAAAAUUUUUAAAUUUGAUAGAAAUAUAAAUGAAUCUUUAUCAAAAUCUUUUAAAUAAUGGAUAUAACCAUCAUUAUAAAAAAUCUUUUUCUAUUUAUAAAAUACAUUCCCUAAAAUUUCUCAAGAAAAUAUAUUUGAUUAAAGAUAAAUUCAAGAUUAAGAAUUACUUUGGACUUUAAAUUUUGCAAAAUUUUUAUUUUAAAAUUUAGAAUUAAUUACUAGAAAAGGAAAUAUACCAAAUGAAAUAAUAAAUGCUAUGUCAAAAUCUAUAUUUAAAGAAAAUAAUUAAUUUGUAUAGUUGUUUGUUGCAUAAAGAACUCGAUUUUAUUAAAAACCUUUUACUAUUUUAGAAAUCUAAUUAAUAUGUUGCGAAUAUAUUUUGUUUAAUACAAUAGUGAUAUAAUUAUUUGAAUUAGUCAAUACUUUAAAAUAUUAAUCAUUUAAUCAUAAUCUAAAUUGCAAAAUGUAAAUAUUAAAAUUGGUAAGUAUUCUAAAUCUAUCCUACAUAAAAGCCUUUAAAGAUAUGCCAUAAAUACAUUGGGAUUAUUAAGAAGAACAAUUAUAUACAAGAAGAAUACAUAUCACUCCUGAUUAAGAUUAACAUUUAUACUUAUUAGAUACAAAAGAGAGAAAUAACAUGGAAACUAUGAUUUUAGGAUUAAAAUAUGAAUAAUAAAUUUAAAGGGUACUUUAAUAAAAAGUGAAAUAGAACUAAUAACUAGAAUUACUAUUUAAAUAAUUUAUACAUAAUUUGUGUUCUUAAGUAUAGAUUUUUUGA